AUGUUCUUAUUAAUAUUUUUAAUAAUCGUCAUACUGUCCUGUCUCAGUCUCUUUGUGAUUCUAUUGGUAUUGCUUGGUUACUUUAUGGUGAACAUAUGUUGACACAAGAAGCAGUUAGUAGAGUGGUGUCAGCUAGUCCCUCUAUUCCUAAUCAACGUGAGGCUCUAUUAACUGGUGUCAAAGAAGCUGUUCAAACUGAUCCCAACAGUUUACAUACAUUUGCUAAUGUAUUGUGUAGAAUAAGUACUAAUAUAUCACUAGGACAAACUAUACUGGAUGAUAUUAGUGAGUAUUUUCCUACUCCUGAAGUGGGUGUAGUUCCUGAGACUAUUAAAGAUCAUGAUGUAGUUCCACAAGGUAAUACAAGAAAUAAUCAAACCAAGGCAACACAAUCUGGUAUGUAUUAAUAUAGCA